GCGUCUCCGUCUGCGAGAACGGGCGAGCGGAGCCUUCCCUUCUGGGCGGGAAUGUGAGGCGGCGCCGGCCCCGAGGCCCCGCCGCCGUCUCCCUCCGGCCGCCGCCGCCGCCGCCGCCAUGGCGCUGAAGAUGGUGAAGGGCAGCAUCGAUCGCAUGUUCGACAAAAACUUGCAAGACCUCGUCCGGGGCAUCCGGAACCACAAAGAGGACGAGGCAAAAUACAUCUCUCAGUGUAUCGAUGAGAUUAAACAAGAACUGAAGCAAGACAAUAUUGCCGUGAAAGCGAAUGCCGUCUGCAAGCUUACAUAUUUACAAAUGUUGGGAUAUGACAUCAGCUGGGCUGCGUUCAAUAUUAUUGAAGUUAUGAGCGCUUCCAAGUUUACAUUUAAGAGAAUUGGUUAUCUUGCUGCUUCUCAGUGCUUUCAUGAAGGGACUGAUGUGAUUAUGCUGACUACCAAUCAGAUUCGAAAGGACCUGAGUAGCCCCAACCAGUACGAUACUGGCGUCGCAUUGACUGGUUUGUCCUGUUUUGUCACCCCGGAUCUUGCCAGAGAUUUGGCCAAUGACAUCAUGACCUUGAUGUCGCACACGAAGCCUUAUAUCAGAAAGAAGGCAGUGUUGAUCAUGUACAAAGUGUUUUUGAAGUAUCCAGAGUCACUGCGCCCUGCGUUCCCGCGCCUUAAAGAGAAACUGGAGGAUCCCGAUCCUGGUGUACAGUCUGCUGCUGUGAACGUUAUUUGUGAGCUGGCCAGGCGCAAUCCCAAAAAUUACCUUUCCCUCGCCCCACUCUUUUUUAAGUUGAUGACUUCUUCAACCAAUAAUUGGGUCCUCAUUAAAAUUAUAAAAUUGUUUGGUGCUCUUACCCCAUUAGAACCAAGACUGGGAAAGAAACUGAUUGAGCCUCUUACUAAUCUUAUCCAUAGCACUUCUGCCAUGUCUCUUCUGUAUGAAUGUGUGAACACCGUGAUAGCAGUUUUGAUUUCUCUGUCCUCUGGAAUGCCCAAUCACAGUGCCAGCAUUCAGCUGUGUGUUCAGAAAUUAAGGAUCUUAAUAGAGGACUCUGAUCAGAACUUGAAGUACUUGGGAUUGCUAGCAAUGUCCAAGAUCCUGAAAACUCACCCCAAGUCAGUUCAGUCCCACAAGGAUCUCAUUCUACAGUGUCUGGAUGACAAAGAUGAAUCUAUACGGCUUCGAGCUUUAGAUCUUUUAUAUGGAAUGGUGUCAAAGAAGAACCUGAUGGAGAUUGUGAAAAAGCUGAUGGUCCACGUGGACAAAGCUGAAGGGACAACAUACCGCGAUGAGCUUCUGACGAAAAUCAUAGAUAUAUGUAGCCAGUCCAACUACCAGUACAUCACCAACUUUGAAUGGUACAUAAGCAUUCUGGUGGAACUGACCCGGUUAGAGGGAACACGGCACGGCCACCUGAUUGCAGCUCAGAUGCUGGACGUCGCGAUCCGAGUUAAGGCUAUUCGUAAAUUUGCGGUUUCCCAGAUGGCUAUGCUUCUAGACAAUGCUCACUUGAUAGCCAGCAACACCCAGCGAAAUGGAAUCUGCGAGGUGCUUUAUGCUGCAGCUUGGAUCUGUGGAGAAUUCUCUGAACACCUUCAGGAAGCCAAUCAAACCCUAGAAGCCAUGCUGAGACCCAAAGUGACCACUUUACCGGGACACAUCCAGGCCGUUUAUGUCCAGAACGUUGUGAAGCUGUAUGCAUCCAUCCUGCUGCAGAAAGAACAAGCUGAGGAGAAGGAGGCAGCCCUGGAGAUCACUCAGCUAAUGAUUGAACGAUUGCCUCAAUUCGUGCAGAGCGCAGACCUUGAAGUUCAAGAGAGGGCAUCUUGCAUCCUCCAGUUGAUCAAAUAUGUUCAGAAGCUACAACUGAAGGAAGUUCACGUUGCAGAAGAAGUGAUAGCCCUGUUUGCCGGUGAACUGAACCCUGUAGCUCCCAAAGCCCAGAAGAAAGUUCCUGUUCCAGAAGGCUUGGAUCUUGAUGCUUGGAUCAACGAACCCCCUUCAGAUAGCGAUUCGGAGGACGAAAAACCCAAAACGAUUUUCCACGAUGAGGAUCCGAGGCACUCUAAGCAUCGACAGCCGGAGAUUGAUGAAGAGGAGCUAGCCAGGCGUCGAGAAGCCCGGAAGCAGGAGCAGGCCAACAACCCGUUUUAUAUCAAAAGUUCUCCUUCUCCUCAGAAGCGGUACCAGGACACUCCCGGUGUGGAGCACAUUCCCGUGGUUCAGAUUGACCUCUCUGUGCCCUUGAAAGUUCCAGGGAUGCCCAUGUCAGACCAGUAUGUGAAGCUGGAGGAGGAGCGCAGACAUAAGCAGAAGUUAGAGAAAGACAAGAAAAAGAAAAAACCAAAGAAGGAAAAGAAAGGCAAACACCAUCGUCACAACUCCCUGCACACCGAAAGCGAUGAGGACAUUGCCCCCGCUCAACAGGUGGACAUCAUCACUGAAGAGAUGCCUGAGAAUGCGCUGCCGAGUGAUGAGGAUGACAAGGACCCCAACGAUCCCUAUAAAGCCCUGGACAUAGAUUUGGAUAAACCCUUAGCUGACAGUGAGAAAUUGCCAGUACAGAAACAUAGGAAUGCGGAGACCCCCAAAUCCCCAGAGAAAGAAGAACUUCCUGCAGUAGAAAAGAAGAGCAGAAAGCCCAAAAAGGAGAAGAAACACAAAGAGAGAGAGAGGGGAAAAGAGAAGAAGAAAGAGAAAGAGAGAAAGGGCGAGGACUUGGAUUUCUGGCUUUCGGCUGCCCCACCCAGUGGCUCCACAGAGCAGGCACCAAGUGAGGCUGAUGGAAGCCCACUGGGGCCUGAACCUGAGGACUCUGAAGACCCCAAAAAAGAAGAGAGAGAAGAUGAAGAGGAGCAGAAGUCCUCCAAACAUAGGAAGAAGAAGCACAAGAAGGAAAAGGAGGAGAAGUCAAAAGACAAAAAGAAAUCCAAGAAAAAGAAGCCUCAUGGUGAAGAGGAAGAGGAGCCGGUGGACUCGGUACUGAACGGCAACUUUGACGACGAGCCCCUUCCGCCAAUGUCUAGUUACUGCCUUCUCGCUGAAAAUUCUUAUAUCAAAAUGAUGUAUGACAUUCAAGGCAACCUCCAGAAGGACAGCCAGGUCACGGUCUCUGUGAUUUUUGAAAACAAGAGCAGCAGCUUCCUGAAAAGCAUGGAAUUAAAUGUGCUGGAUUCCCUGAACACUAAGAUGAUGCGUCCUGAAGGAGCAUCGGUGCACGACGGAAUCCCUGUGCCCUUCCAACUGCCUCCGGGAAUCUCGAAUGAAGCCCAGUUUGUGUUUACUGUUCAGAGCAUCGUUAUGGCGCAGAAGCUCAAAGGAACUCUGUCUUUUAUAGUCAAAAAUGAGGAAGGUUCGACCCACGAGAAACUAGAUUUCAAACUGCACUUCAGUUGCACUUCAUACCUGAUCACCACACCUUGCUACAGCGAUGCUUUUGCCAAGUUGCUGGAAUCCGGGGAGCUGAACAUGAAUUCAAUCAAAGUGGACGGGAUUAGCAUUUCUUUCCAACAUCUCCUGGCGAAGAUUUGUUUUCAUCACCACUUUUCAGUCGUGGAACGAGUUGAUUCGUGCGCCUCAAUGUACAGUCGUUCUAUCCAAGGACAUCAUGUCUGCCUGCUGGUGAAGAAGGGGGAGAAUUCUGUGUCAGUUGAUGGGAAAUGCAGUGAUUCCACCCUCCUGAGCAACUUGUUGGAUGAGAUGAAAGAGACUUUGGUGAAGUGUUGAAUGAAUGCUUUUCAAAACUGCAACUACAAAGAUGCACUAAAAGAAAAAUGUUUAAAGACAGAUUUAAGUGUUAGGUUUCUCCCUUGUGCGCAUAUACUCUACCGGGCUCGUGCUUUUAAGUUACCUCCACUGCCAUCCGCAGUUUAGGCACCCCGAGGCUGGGCGUCAGCAAUCUUUCUUGCAGGGGGGCAGGAGGGAGUUUGUUUCUGUGUUUUGUUUUUACUUGGAACCUCUGACCAACUCUGGCAAAGAUCCUUUCCAGCCCAGAAAUAUCCAGAAGUUUAUUCAGACCAAUGGGGGUUAGUUUAUUCAGCGACACACACACACACCCCCACACACCCCACCCCUGUGAUUUGGUGCGGGGGCGGCCGAGGGAGACGAUCUGGUCACAAACCAGUUGCAGCUCUUUUAGCCCCCGUGCACUUGGUCACAUUUUGGAGCCAAGGGUGGAGCGCUAGAGAACGAUGGGGGCAACUUGGUCCUGAAAGCAGCAGCUCUUUGUUUGUGCUACCUCCAGGAUGAGUGCUCACACCUGGGCUGAAAAGGGUUACUGCUCAGCCUUUUUUCCCUCUCCGUGAACUCUCUUAAGUGACCUCUGCUGAUGUGCUUUGUAAACCCCACUGAAAUCUCACAUUCCUAGCAAGGUAGAAUGUAGCAAAGAAACAGGAAAUCUGGAGGCGGGGUGGCAGGAGGAGGACAGUGUCCCUUGAAAAACAUUUGCGAAUGCUGGGGGAGCAAAGGCUGGAUCAAAUGCCCUUGCCCCAUAUAACAACCCCAAAUCCCCUCCUUGCUUUAAAUGAUCUUUUGGCCUCCAAACAGCAUGAACAAAUGAGUCCUUACCGUUGAGAAGUAUCUUUCCCUCAGUGCUGACCUUUGGGAAGCUGGGCCUUGAAAAUUGGCCGCGGGGCGAGUUGGAGGGAUGGGGAACCACCAAGUCCCAGCUCAACUAGUUUGGUAGGCAGACGUGAGCCAACCAGAUAAGUGGCUGAAGUGGUGAGAAAUACUCCAAUAGUCGUGGACAGGACAAGGACUUGAUUUCGUUUCUUGCCGGGAAGUGUGAACAUGUUGUCACCUUAUACUUUGGAUGGAGUCUUAGCCAACCAGAGUGUCCUGAAAUGGUUUUGGCUUUUAAAUAGAGCUGGGGGUUGUUUGUUCAGUUGGCAUUUUUUGAAACAUUCAAGAAGGAAAAAGGGAUGGUUGAAUUCGGGUGGUCUGCACGUCCCACAGCUGUUGGUUUCUCCAUUUCAGCCAGCAACCUGUGUGCCGGCCACCAACGGGAAAUGUUGGGGUCCCCAUUUGUUCUGCUUUGUCGUCUCUAGAGGUGUUGGUCGGCCGUCCCUCGGAGGGCCGUCCCCGGGGACCAAGCACUGGGCUGCCAGAGGCUUAGUGUGGCAUCGGCUCACCCUCGGGUGCCCCGGGUAUGAUCUGGUUGUCCCAGUCGCCGGUGUAUUUGAUACCAAACAUAUUAAAACUGUCUUCGAGGAUAGUGUUCCUUAAUGAAUGGAAUCUCAAACUUUCUUUUCAUGAAUGAAAACUGUCACUUUAGCAUGUAGAGAAUCCUGUGCGGUGAUUCUAGAAUUUUGAAAUUGUACGAUGUGUUAUAUUAAAGAAUUUAUUUGCUAUCCACAUUCCCAAAUGGGGGAAAAAUAGACAGAGUGAGAGAGAGAGAGAGCGAGAAACAUACUACAAGCUGCUGUGAUGAUUUUGUGUCGAGAUGAAUCCAAUAAAAUUUCAAAAGCAAAGUUUUAA